UGGGUGCAGCUUAGUAACGUCACGCAUCAGCCCUCCAAGAACGCACAUCUGUGAAGAACUGCGUAAAUCUGCGUUACAAGAACACGAUCUAUAUGCCUGCAGUUUUGCACGUCCGUGAUGGCGGUGGUAGUUCAGCCUGAAGCCUCACCUUGCAGACUCGCGAUUGGUCCGUUAGGGCCACUUUUUUGCCAAUUCUGCGAUUUGGAUUGGCCGCUGAGCUGUGCGUGAGGUUUCCUUUAGGUAGGUUAGUGUGUCAGUGAAGAGAACAAUGAGCGACCAGGACGCUGUCGGCGGCAGUUUGAAGCAUUUUAACUUCAAGGCGGAAGACCAGAGCAGGAGUGAAGAAGCGCGUACAUUGCUCGUUUCCAUUCCUGAGGUGCUUGAACCCCAGUAUGGAAUGUACGUGUGGCCCUGUGCCGUGGUGCUUGCCCAGUACGUGUGGCAUCACAAGGGGGCGCUACAACAGAAGUCUGUGCUGGAGAUCGGUGCAGGGGUGAGCCUGCCUGGCGUGGUGGCAGGGAAGUGUGGGGCAAGGGUAAUCCUGUCAGACAGUGCAGAGCUGCCGGCGUGUCUGGAGAACUGCAGGCGAAGCUGUGAGGUGAACGGUCUGUGGGAUGUCCCUGUUGUGGGGCUAACCUGGGGACAGGUCUCUCCAGAUCUCCUGAUUCUCCCAGCACUGGACAUCAUCCUGGGAUCAGAUGUCUUCUAUGAACCUGAAGACUUUGAAGAUGUGCUGGUGACUGUUUUCUUCCUCUUAAGAAGGAACCCUCAUGCUCAGUUCUGGACAACCUAUCAGGAAAGAAGUGCUGAUUGGUCCAUCGAGGCCUUGCUGCACAAGUGGAGCUUGCAGUGCCUUCACAUUCCUUUGGAGUCUUUCCAGGCUAACAAGGAUUGCUUAGCGGGAUCCAAUCUGCCAGGCAGUCACACUGUGCACAUGAUAGUCAUAACCAUGAGGAAGCAGUCUGGGGACACAUAGCCGGAGCCUGGGGGAAAACACAGGCAAUCCGCUAUUUAAGACCAGCAGUCCAUACACUAAAAGAUGUACAGGGGUUGAAAACAAUAAAAUGCCAUACUAUUGUCGUUGGCAUUUUGGGUCAUGUGUCAUUUUAUUUUGGUAAUCUAAUAUAUAGGCAAUGUAGUGAACUCAAUGGUGUUUGUGCUUAAUACCAGUACUGCAAACACUCGUCCUAACCUCUGCAUUACAUGUCACUGCCAGGCAACCCUAGCUCAGUCGAGGCAUCUUACACUUAUUACUACUCCUACUACUACUACAAAAAAAAAAGUAAAACUCCACAAAAAGACA